AUGGAGACGGAGGAGGAUCAGCGCGCGCGUGAAGGCGAGGAGGUAGCGGAAGCAGAAGGCGAAGCGCGCGAGGAAGAGCAGGGUGAGGGGGAGGGCCAGGCGGGAGCAGGAAUUGAUGUGGAAGAGGAGGAGGAAGACGAGGGAGACCAGGGUGACAAGGAAGAAGAGCGUGAGCCGGAAGGAGAAACAGACGGCGUGGAAGGGGAAGACGAGGAGGCGGGCGAAGCGGGAGUCCUUCACCUGUCGUUCCCCCCUGGAAGAGUGAAGAGGAUAAUGAAGCUCGACAGGGAGAUCAACAAGGUGAAUUCGGAGGCCGUCUUCCUCAUUUCUCUCUCCACCGAUCUCUUCCUGACGCUCCUGGCGGAGAAGGCUGGUGAGGUCACCCUGGCGAAGAAGAAAAAGAGCGUCAGGAUGGAUCACCUUCUCUCCGCCGCACGCAGCCAUCCGCCUUGCAGAGACUUCCUUCUGGAUUCCAUCUCUUUGCCGACUAAAACCCUGCCGCCGCCGGAGGCCAAACAGGCGCCGCCCAAAAUUGCGAAGCCGCUGCCCCCGGGCACCCGCCGUAUCGAUCAGUUCUUCCGCAAGCCAUCGUCUGUCGCGCCUGAGUAA